AUGGAAUUUGAGAGAUGGGAUCGUUCUAAUCGCAUGAGUAUCAUGCAACAAUGCAUUCCAGAAGCCUUUAGAGGCACAGAAUCUGAAGAGAUCACUAAGGCCAAGGAUUUCCUCGAUGCAAUUGAGAAACGUAUCGCUAGAAAUGAUAAGGCUAAAAUGACUUCACUUCUGGCUUCCUUGAUGUCCAUGAAGUAUAAGGGUCGAGGAAAUGUUAGGGAGUACAUUAUGGAAAUGUACCAAAUUGCUUCAAAACUUAAGGCACUUAAGAUCGAGCUUUAUGAGGAAUUGCUUGUUCUUAUGGUUUUGGUAUCGCUUUCUGCACAGUUUAACCAAUUCAAAAUUAGUUAUAACUGUCAAAAGGAGAAAUGGACUUUAAAUGAGCUCAUUUCUCACUGUGUGCAAGAGGAAUAA